GAGUCUCCGGUGGGGGUAAACAACUCUGUGGGAGGUUUUUCUGGGCCACAUGCACGCGGAAAAUAGCCUCUGUUUGGUCACGUUUCCGGGACCUUGAGCUUGAUCAGCGACAAGCCGAAGAAUCUUUUGCCUCCCACCGUCUUUAGAAGGUCUGCGUCUUACUAGGAACAACCUGACGCACGCUUCCGCCAGGGAACGCUGAUUGGCUGAGUGUGGAAAGGGGCGGGGAAGGGAAGGCCGGAAGUACAUCCGGCGGAGUGGAAAUACCGGAGGAAAGGUUCAGGUCCGGACAUUCAGAACGACCGCUCUGCUCCUCGUCUCUUUGGUUCCGGAGGUCGCUGUGGCCGUGGGAAAUGCUGGCGCGCGCGGCGCGGGGGACUGGAGCCCUUUUGCUGAGGGGCUCCGUACAGGCUUCUGGCCGUGCUCCGCGCCGCUCCUCCUCUGGAUUGCCCCGAAACACCGUGGUACUAUUUGUGCCCCAGCAGGAGGCCUGGGUGGUGGAGCGAAUGGGCCGAUUCCACCGGAUCCUGGAGCCUGGCUUGAACAUCCUCAUCCCUGUGUUAGACCGGAUCCGCUAUGUCCAGAGUCUCAAGGAAAUUGUCAUCAACGUGCCUGAGCAGUCAGCUGUGACUCUUGACAAUGUAACUCUGCAAAUUGAUGGAGUCCUUUACCUGCGCAUCAUGGACCCUUACAAGGCCAGCUAUGGUGUGGAGGACCCUGAGUAUGCUGUCACCCAACUAGCUCAGACAACCAUGAGAUCAGAGCUUGGCAAACUUUCUCUGGACAAAGUCUUCCGGGAGCGGGAGUCCCUGAAUGCUAGCAUUGUAGAUGCCAUCAACCAGGCUGCUGACUGCUGGGGCAUCCGCUGCCUCCGUUAUGAGAUCAAGGAUAUCCAUGUGCCACCCCGGGUGAAAGAGUCCAUGCAGAUGCAGGUGGAGGCAGAGCGGCGGAAACGGGCCACGGUUCUGGAGUCUGAGGGUACUCGAGAGUCGGCCAUCAACGUGGCAGAGGGGAAGAAGCAGGCACAGAUCCUGGCCUCCGAGGCAGAAAAGGCUGAACAAAUAAAUCAGGCAGCAGGAGAGGCCAGUGCAGUUCUGGCCAAAGCCAAGGCUAAAGCUGAAGCUAUUCGCAUUCUGGCUGCAGCUCUGACGCAACAUAAUGGAGAUGCAGCAGCCUCACUGACUGUGGCCGAGCAGUAUGUCAGCGCGUUCUCUAAACUGGCCAAAGACUCCAACACUAUCCUGCUGCCCUCCAACCCUGGCGAUGUCACCAGUAUGGUGGCUCAGGCCAUGGGUGUGUAUGGGGCCCUCACCAAAGCCCCAGUGCCAGGGCCUCAGGACUCAGUCUCCAGCAGGAGCAGCAGAGAUGUCCAGGGCACAGAUGCAAGUCUUGAUGAGGAACUCGAUCGAGUCAAGCUGAGUUAAUGGAGUUGGGCUUGGUCAGGGAGGCGGGGGACAGGGAAGCAGCAUUCCCAGACUCUGGCUGUAGCCUCCCUGCCAAGAUUUUGGUUAUUAUUUUUUUAUUUGAACUUUAAUCAUGUAAUAAACUGGCCAAUGGCAAAACAAAA